AUGAGGCGUAUCCAGCGUGGCCCUGUCCGUGGUAUCUCGUUCAAGCUCCAAGAAGAAGAGCGCGAGCGCAAGGACCAAUACGUUCCGGAGGUGUCGGCUCUUGACCCGUCGGUUGCUCCUCUUGAGAUUGACCCCGACACGGAGGAGAUGAUUCACAGUCUUGGCUUUGACAACCUUCCAGUGACUGUUACAGCUCCUGUGACGUCGCAGCAAAUGCCUGAGCGUAAGGGCCGCCACGUCCCAGGUGCCGGCCGCCGCUAA